AGUAGGCAGGGCAGACACCCAGCCCGAGGCCCGAAGUGGCUGGGUGAGGCUUGUGCAAACGAGCUCCUUUCUGGUUGUUCUCGCCUGGGACAGCCCCUCGCUGAGACCAGGAGAAACAGGGAGUGAGGCACAGGAACAGCAGGAGGAAAAAGUGAAAGCAGGCGUAACAGCCUCAACGCGCCGGUUUCUUUUUGUCCCCGUUUGGACCGGCCCGUGAAGCCGGGAAUCCGCGCCUCUCCGCGCGCCCCCACUCCCGGCCUCGCUUUCUGCCCUCCGCGGCGGGCAGCCCCAGCGGCAGGUUCACAUUUGGGCCGUGAGAAAUGUCUCCCUUCUUACGAAUAGCAUUCAACUCUUUUGAGCUGGGACCUGUGCAGAAUCAAGGGGAACAGCCACAGCCCUUCUGUGCAAUAAAAAUGAAAGAGGCCUUGACUACAGAGAGAGGCAAAACCUUGAUUCAGAAGAAACCCACUAUGUACCCAGACUGGAAAUCUUCCUUUGAUGCCCAUAUCUAUGAGGGGCGUGUGAUUCAGAUUGUUCUUAUGAAGGCAGCAGAAGAGCCAUUAUCUGAGGUGACCGUAGGUGUGUCUGUUUUGGCUGAAAGAUGUAAGAAAGGCAACGGGAAAGCAGAAUUCUGGCUUGACUUACAACCUCAAGGGAAAGUAUUGAUGGCCGUACAAUAUUUUCUAGAAGAUGGAGAUAGCAAGCAGUCGAUGAGGGAAGAUGAGGGAACUGUGACUAUAAACAGAAGAGGAGCAAUCAAGCAGGCUAAGAUCCACUACAUCAAAAAUCAUGAGUUUAUUGCUACCUUCUUUGGGCAACCUACAUUUUGCUCUGUUUGUAAAGAUUUUGUCUGGGGGCUAAACAAGCAGGGAUAUAAAUGUAGACAAUGUAAUGCUGCUAUUCACAAAAAAUGCAUUGAUAAAAUCAUUGGGAGAUGUACUGGUACUGCAGCAAACAGCAGAGAUACAAUGUUUCAGAAGGAGCGCUUCCAUAUUGAUAUGCCUCACAGAUUCAAAGUUUACAACUACAUGAGUCCUACCUUCUGUGAUCAUUGUGGUAGUCUUCUCUGGGGACUAGUUAAACAAGGAUUAAAAUGUGAAGAAUGUGGAAUGAAUGUGCACCACAAAUGUCAAAAGAAAGUGGCAAAUCUCUGUGGAAUCAAUCAGAAACUAUUGGCAGAAGCUUUAACUCAAGUUAGUCAGAAAUCUACCAGAAAAUCUGAAUCGGGAUCAGUAGAAAAUGUUGGUAUUUACCAGGAUUUUGAUAAAAAACCUAAAGCCUUCAGUGGAGAUACAACAGAUAAUAGUGAAUAUGAUAAGCUUUGGGAGGGACGUUCGUUGUCACAACCAUCCAGUAGGAGGAAGUUCAAUGUAGACAGUUUUGUCUUCCAGAAAGUUCUUGGGAAAGGAAGCUUUGGAAAGGUACUGCUUGCUGAGCUGAAAGGGAAGAAUGAAUUUUUUGCAGUAAAGGCUUUGAAAAAGGAUGUGGUGCUAAUUGAUGAUGAUGUGGAAUGCACCAUGGUGGAAAAGCGGGUCUUAGCACUGGCAUGGGAAAAUCCAUUUCUUACCCACUUAUACUGUACUUUUCAGACUAAGAACCAUCUGUUUUUUGUUAUGGAGUUCCUUAAUGGUGGAGAUCUAAUGUUCCAUAUACAGGACAAAGGCCGUUUUGAUCUUUUCAGAGCUACGUUUUAUGGAGCUGAAAUACUGUGUGGUUUACAAUUUCUUCACAGCAAAGGCAUUAUUUAUAGAGACCUCAAACUAGACAAUGUGAUGCUUGAUAAAGAAGGUCACAUCAAGAUUGCUGAUUUUGGGAUGUGCAAAGAAAAUGUGUUUGGUGAGAACAAGGCAACAACUUUCUGUGGAACCCCAGACUACAUAGCGCCUGAAAUUCUGCAAGGACUGAAAUACACAUUUUCUGUGGACUGGUGGUCAUUUGGAGUCUUGUUGUAUGAGAUGCUUAUUGGACAAUCUCCUUUCCAUGGUGAUGAUGAAGAUGAAUUAUUUGAGUCAAUCCGAGUAGACACACCACAUUACCCACGCUGGAUUACCAAGGAAUCUAAGGAUAUACUAGAGAAGCUGUUUGAAAGGGAUCCAACAAAACGAUUAGGAAUAAUUGGAAACAUCAGAGAUCAUUCUUUCUUCAAAACAAUCAAUUGGACUGCGCUAGAGAAGAAGGAGGUGGAACCACCCUUCAAACCAAAAGUGAAAUCAGCAAGUGACUACAACAACUUUGACAGAGAGUUUUUGAGUGAGAAGCCUCGACUAUCAUACAGUGACAAAAACUUAAUAGACUCUAUGGAUCAGGCUGCAUUUGCCGGGUUCUCUUUUAUCAACCCCAAAUUUGAAAGAAUUCUGGAAAAAUAGUUCAUCAACAUAGCAGAACUUUGAGGUACAGCUGCAAAAUGGAAGCUUUCAAGCACUCCAUGUGAAAUGUGAUCAAAGGAUACUGUCAUCUCUUUUCUUUCAUUCUGAAUAACACUCAAUAGUGACUAGUUAUGUUAAUACUGCUAAUUCUUUGGCAACUGGCAGUAGCUUAAUUUUGCAGGUUGGGUUUAAGUAUCCUUGUGAAUUGUGUAAAUGACUUUCUCUACAGCAGGGAAAAUGUAAAUUGUGUGUGUGGUUACUUCCGUUUGGAAUUAUAUAUGUAUAUGCUGUAUAUUUUGCUCAAGAGGUUAAAGAUAGGUUAUUGAAGGGCAGCCUUUAAAUAAAGUGAGACAGCUAGGCAGUUUUUACUUUAUCAAAUGAAAUAACUUGAAUUUUGAUUCAGUUGGUUAUGGGCUGUCAUCAAUUGAUACGGUGCUUUGCAGGACCUUAUUCUGUCAAGUUUACAACCUUUAAAGUAAGUUAUUUUUUUGCUGUUCAUACAUGGUACCCCCCAUCUAAAAGAUUAUGAAAGUACUAGGUGGUUUUUAUGAAAAAGGAUGCCCCUUUCCUUAUUAGAUUAAUGCUAUCACAGGCCACAUUUAAACUGCAGUCCAGGGCCACCCAUCCACCAUUUGGCUGGGGGGAAGGGGCACAAAGUGGCAGUGAAAUGAUGGAAGACAGAGCUGUGUGUGCCAUGUGGCCUGCCCUGCACUCCUUAAGCAAGCCUCCUGCAUAGAAGGAUGGGGUCCUGUUACCAGUGUUGAAAGAAAAACUGAACUGCCAAUCUGGUUGGUUUCUAGUUGUGCAAAUGGGAAAGGGGUGCCAUCUUCUCCUUUUUUCCCCUUCAGGUAGCAAGAUGUCUUGGGCUAGCCCUGCUGCAAUCCUAGGAACGCAUAGUGAAGUGUAACUCGCCUUAAACUCAGUUGAGCUUACUUCUGAGUAAACAUGCAUAGGAACAGGCUGUGCGUCUUUUUUGAAGGAGAGUGGGCAGGUCUCACUUCAGAGAAUCUUCCUUUGAGAAGUUUCUUCCGAGGGACUUGGAGCAGGGCCGGAUUAAGCUGAGGGGGCCCCUAGGCCGAUUCUGAGCCGCCCACCGUCCCGUCCCGUCCCAUCCCAUCCCCCCCGCUUCUCCUACCUUUCUGCUUUUUUUGCAGCUGCGCACACUGCACGCAGGUUUCCAUCAAUCAAGAUGGCGGCCCAGGUUUCCCUAAGGGGCUGAAGCCUCUGCCACCAUCUUGGUUGAUGGCAGCAAUGUGCACGUGUAGCACGCAUGCGUGCCAUCAACGAAGAUGGCGGCAGAGGCUUCAGCCCCUUAGGGAAACCUGGGCCACCAUCUUGAUUGAUGGCAAACCGCAAAAAAAACAGCGGAGAAAAAGGUAAGUGAAGCGGGGGGAUGGUGGGUGGUUCGGAAGCUCUUGUCCCGCGAUCCGUGGCUCCUGUCCUGCUUCUGCGGAUCGUGGGCCCCCAAGAGCUCCGGGCCCCUAGGCUUCAGCCUACUAAGCCUAAUGGAUAAUCUGGCCUUGAGUUGGAGCAUGUGUCAGGGUCUAAUUUUGGUUUCAGUGCCCGCUGAUACAGGCUCAGUCUCCACUUCAGCACACUUGAGGAGAUAGGGACUGGUUCCUGUAGGAAUAUUUAAAUACACAGUAAGUGAUACCUAAUCAUUGUACCUUGUAUCUUGAUCUUAAGAACAGAUUUUUAUGCUAGACAGAAACACCUACAACAUGUGCAGUGUGUUGAAACUUGGGGAGAGGACAGGGAAGGAACAUUGCAAAACUGAUGUGUUGAUUCUGGAAUACUUGUUUGGAAAGAUGGAAUGAUAAAACUAAAAGAUUAAAUAAAAAUACAUCUAUUAUUUGAAAA